AUGGACGAGGCUAAAGCCCCCAAGGUCUUUGUCUCAACCGGACGUCGGAUUCUUACCAUUGGCUUUGCCUUGCUCAUUCUUUCGGUGCUGGCAUGGGCCUACAUCACAGGUGUCCAGUUAGCUGCUGACAGGUAUCACAUCAUGGCUUUCGGUCUCUAUGGAGCCUUCCUCACAUCCCAUCUCAUUGUCCAGAGCUUCUUCGCCUUCCUGGAGCACAAGAGGAUGAGGAGGGACUCUCUGACUUGCAGCUACACCAAGACAGUGGCCCUCACCAUCUCCGCUUACCAGGAGGACCCGGCUUACCUCCGGGAGUGCCUGCAGUCCGUCAAGGCGACCUUGUACCCACCGGAGAAGCUCCGGGUGAUCAUGGUGGUCGACGGCAACAGCCCGGAAGACCGAUACAUGAUGGACAUGUUCCAAGAGGUCUUCGAUGGAGAGGACUUGGGCACUUACGUCUGGGAGAACAACUACCACCACCAGCGCCACUUGGAUGUGGACGAAGGGGACAGCGGUUACCAGGCUGGGGAUGAGCCAUCUGUCUACAGUGAAAUAGAUAUGGAGGACCCCGGGCAGUUGGCCGUGGAGGAGCUGAUCCGGACGAAGAGAUGUGUCUGCAUCAUGCAGAAAUGGGGCGGGAAGAGGGAAGUCAUGUACACCGCUUUCAAGGCCCUGGGGAACUCCGUGGACUACGUCCAGGUUUGUGACUCGGACACGAAGCUCGAGCCCCAGGCGACCGUGGAACUGGUGAAGGUGCUGGAGUCAAACGAACGCUACGGGGCCGUCGGCGGCGACGUGCGCAUCCUCAACCUCUCCGACUCCUACAUCAGCUUCAUGAGCAGCCUGCGCUACUGGAUGGCUUUCAACAUCGAACGGGCCUGCCAGUCUUACUUCGAUUGUGUCUCCUGCAUCAGCGGCCCCCUGGGCCUGUAUCGGAAUGACCUCCUCCAGCAGUUUCUGGAGUCCUGGUAUAAUCAGAAGUUCCUGGGAACCCAUUGCACUUUUGGAGACGACCGGCACCUCACCAACAGAAUGCUGAGCAUCGGCUAUGCUACCAAGUACACCGCCCGUUCCCGCUGCUACUCAGAGACCCCAUCCCAGUUCCUGCGAUGGCUGGCACAGCAGACCCGUUGGACCAAGUCCUAUUUCCGUGAGUGGCUCUACAACGCCCUGUGGUGGCACCGUCACCAUCUAUGGAUGACCUAUGAGUCAGUGGUCUCUGGAAUAUUCCCCUUCUUUGUCACGGCCACCGUCCUGCGGCUCUUUUACGGGGGGAACCUCUGGGACGUGCUGUGGGUGCUUCUCUGCGUCCAGCUGGUGGCCUGCGUGAAGGCUCUUUACGCCUGCUGGCUGAGGAGAAACUUCAUCAUGAUCUUCAUGUCGCUCUACGCUGUGCUCUACAUGGGCGGCCUACUUCCGGCCAAGUAUUUCGCCAUAGCAACCAUGAACAAAAGCAGCUGGGGCACUUCGGGCCGGAAGAAAAUGGUGGGGAACUACAUGCCACUGCUGCCUGUUUCCAUCUGGGGCUUACUCCUCUUGGGAGGCCUGAUCUACACUAUCUAUCAGGAAGCUGUGGCUGACUGGACAACCGAGGCCAAACAAACCGAGAUCUGGUACUUGCUCGUCGGCUCCGCCAUUUACGUGGGCUACUGGACGUUCAUGAUCACGCUCUACUGGGUGUGGGUGCGGAGAUGUUGCCGCAAGCGCGCAGAUUUCUACAGUGUUGAGGUGUGAGCUGGACAGGGGAAAACAGUUGAGGAUCCUGGAACCUAUACCUGGCCAUAAGGAAGAUUGCCAGACCAGUGAGGGCUAGGAAUCGGGGCACUUUGAGUCAUUAUCCGAGCUG